UCUCGUAUUCUCCCAACAUUCCCCCAUCGUGCAUUAUUACACCAUAAAGGCACGCGACUCGUUUUUUAAUUCUUAAACAUCGAUACCUCUCCCAUUGCUUCGCAAGAUUUUAUCAUUUCUCUAGAUUUUAUCAGUCAUGCAUGUUUCACCAGUCGAAGAUGUUGGCACACCAGCAGCGAAUAUGAAUAAUAAAGAACUUCCAGUUCAGAACGAAAAUUUGCGUCUGUUAUUCAUCAAAUGAGAGAGGACAUGGAGGAUUUGACGAAACAGUUGACGCAACGUACCACUGGAUCGAUUACUAAUGCAAGAGAUGGCGUACCCAUUACGGAAGAAUAUGUGACAAGUCUGAAAAAGAAAUUUGAGAAGUGAAGGCGAGAAACCGCGAACUGACCCAAUCCAUGGCUAAUACAAAUGCUAAAACUGAAAAUACUGAGCCAACUUACGUUUUAGAUUGAAGUAAGGAUAAUGUUCAUGUAAGAGGUCUGGUGGCACAGCUGAACAGCACAAUCGGUAAGUGGUAGAUAACAAAGUUCAACCAUACAACAGCAGUUCAAGAAGUUACAAAGCUUAAACAUAGCAUCAUUAAAUUGAAACAUUACCUCAUCCCCCGCAUACCCAGCAGUUUUCAUUGUGUUAUCUGAAUAGUUAUAGUUGAACGUUGAAUUAGUUUUCUGUGUCUAAUGUCAAAUUUUAACCUACAAUGUCCUGAAUAAUUUCUGCGGAUUUUCGCUCCGCACGCGGGUAGUAUAAAAAACAACCCCUACAUACAUUGCCUCGAUAUGCUGAUUUAUUACACCGAGUUACAUAACUGUUCACUAUCUUUACUGCAAAUAUUUCCGUUAAGUCAAAUAUUUGACUUUCAAGUUACGUAAUUUUGUGGGUCAUUAAAAAAACACUAUAGCAUGUUGAUUAGCCCUGAGAAUUUACCCGAGUGAAAAUUUGAAAAAAAUGCCUGUAUUUUUUUGCAAGACACAACUGGAGUAUCAAGGAUUAAGAUUUUUGUAAGAGCUGAUAUUCCAAUCGCAUUGUACUAUUGACCAUGGUAACUUAAAUUGUGGGAAUCGCACGAAAGGCAUUCUGUAUUAACCGACUAGAAUUUCAGAUAAGUUGACAACAGGGAAUCGUCAGGCCAACGAAGAAAUGAAUGCUUUGAAGCAGCAGAACUCUGGUCUCAAGCUGCAGGUAACCCAAAAAAGACGCCAGGCUGACGAAUUUUACAAAACGGGUUUGGAGAGAAAUAUUGAUGCUGUAUCAUUAGGAAACCAGUUGUCAGCAUUAAAAUUGGAUCUUGCCAGUCACGGAAAACCUUUGAAUACGUACAAUCCAGAAAGUCAGUUUAUACAAGACCUUCGAGAGAAAGAAGUCCCUGGUAUGAAGGGAGUAGUAUCGUCAUCUAAAGGAUUACACACCAAACUACGUCAAGCUGCUCAAAGGAAAAAUGGAGUAACAAAAGAACGCGAACAGUUGAUUAAAAUGGGAAAUAAGCUGAGAGCUGAAUUGUUGAAAUAUAAAGGAGGGAAAAAAUCGCCUUCAAUUGAGGCACGUCAAUCGUCCAAAGAUCCGCAGAAUGUGGCGCAAACAUCCCGAUCCCAACUACGGGGUUUGGAACAGUUGCAAUAUGAACUAACAAGCAAAGAACUGCAGUAUGCACAGAGAAAACUAGCGAGGAAUAAUGAUCAGCAUUCGCUAUCUCCUCGGAAAAAGAAUUCCGCGUCGGCCCAAAAACUUCAAAAACACUCUUCAAACACGGAACUCGCAGAAAAAGCAGGCCUACCGGAAUCGUCUACUGUUCGUGACGAAAUCGUCUCGCCAUGGCAACCUUCGUUCUCAUCAGACGACCGCGCGUCGUUACAAGAUGUCUGGAAACUACUAGGCGAGGACAGUCCUGGAUUAACCCAUCGCGGGGACGAAGUCAGCAAGUCUCAGCUUCGGGAAAGUUCCUCAACUACGGAGAGUUUCACAGUCAAAGGUCAGCCUAGUCACGUGCAUCUCAAGCCAGAGUGUUCCAAGGCUGCGCUGUCUGUCAAGGCAGCUGGGAAAUGGACACUCUCCCAGGCUUUUCUCCCACGCCGUCCAUCUAGCUUCUAACUCACGAAGCAGUUUGGCAUCCCAGGGGACCUUGGCGUCACAAUACUCGCGGUAGAGGAACUUUCCUUGCAGAAUAAUGGGCGAAAUCAACCCGAGAGGAUCAUAAACUUUCGCGAUCCUUCCGAGGACUCCUCGCUUCGUCGGACUUGCUGGGUCAGCAGGAAACUAGAUUUUGUAUGGCUUGAGCAUGUAUGGCUUAGGCGGCCAAAGGAGUGGAAAUUCUGUCCCAAACAGCUUGGACCUCACACUAUUUUAGGAAGACUAGGCGUAAAUUAUAAGACUAGGUUACCCAAAGGGUAGUAAUGCUGCCUUCAAUGGCAAAACACAGUUGUCACAGAAAUAAGACAAAAAAUUGUACUUAUCAUUAUGUUAAGCAGAUUUAUAUAGACGCCAAA